GAUUCCCCGCCAUGGCUUUCCAAUCUUCACAUCCUCACCCUUUUGGUUAUGACAUGAACGCGCAUCACCCAAAUUACGACACGCCUCAACAAUCAAAUCAGCCAUCCGAAUACUAUCAAGGGAACAUAACCGACGGUGAUCAACCCAUCAACAAUGUCGCCAUGAUGUCGAUCAACUCUUCAAGCCACAGCUUCCGUAAAGAUUCUGUCGCGACGAACUCUGGCUCUGUCCACGAUGUUUCCUCAUGGGAUCAGAAGCAAAUUUACCCUGGUGCUGGUUUCGAUUCCUCACAUGCGUAUCAUCGAGGCGAUAGUAGUGCUUAUGUCCAGCAUGAUCACUCACAAGUCUAUACUCCUCAAGGAUGGAUGAUGUCGCCGACGACUUCUGUGGACACUGCCGGCUUCGAAGGCUACCCGGGAGCCAAGUACGAAAACUCGCCCUUCCCUGGUAGUUUACCAUCAGACCGAGCCUCAUUUCCGCCUCACCCUCUGGCCCAAGCUCACCAUGUGUCGAGCUCACCACAAGCAUCUUUGUCGCCACCGGCACACGCUGACUGGAUGGAUAUGACUGGACCCAAUAGGCCACUCAAGUCAGCGGAUGUCAAGCCCAUCAAGCCUCGCCACCAACCUCUUCUCAGACGUGAUACUCGCGACGGCAUUCGCAAGAAGAAUGCAAAGAUACCCAUUCCUUCCGAGAUCACCCUAGAGAACAUCGACGACUUGAUUGAGGCUGAAGGCUCAGAAGCGUCUGCUCAGAAACAGAGAAGCAGCUNNCUUGCCUCACGCCAACGGAAGAAGAAGCACACCGAGAACCUCGAGCAGAAAGAAAAGCACCUCGAGACCAAGCUCCUAUCUCUUCAUCAGCAGAUCGAUCAACUCCGCCUCCAAGUAGAGACGACCGAAAGUCAAAAACAGUUCUUCAUCUCAGAACACAGCAAAGCACACGCCAGAAUCCAAGCAAUGCAGUUGGAGAAAGAAGACUUGAUCUGCAACCACACANAAGAGACUUCUCACUUACGUGGACAGAUAAACUGGUAUCGAGAACAGUUUGAGGCGACAAGUCCGGCCGCUCCAGCCAUGAGUGCCGCACCGAGCAGUACUGGCUUUACUGACUUCAACCUGGACAUGGAUCAUUUGGCUAUUGGAGAUCAACCUUGGGACAGGUUCAUCAAUGUGCAUGGAGCUGAUGAUGCAGACUAUCUUGGCGAGACCACUGAAUCUUUUGCCACCAUCCAGCCAGCCAAGCAACUUGCCCAGCGACAGCAAGACCAUACGACUAAGCCCAGUGCAGAGCAGCCAGUCGCUUCCGGUAUCUUGUUUAUGCUUCUACUCUGUGGAGCCUUUGUAGCCUCCAGAUCAUCGCCGACAGCAAGAGAUACUGCGCAGAACAAUCUCAUCCCAAAGAUGCCCGAUGAAGUUCGAGCUGCGAGUACCGAGGUGCUCAACAACUUAUUGAAGGAGAACCCAAAAGAAGCUUCGCUCUUUCUACCUGAUCUUGCUCCUUCACACCGCUACUUCCAGUCCAGUAAUCAAGCAUGGCCACAGCCUCCAAAUUUCGCCGACUUGCACAAGCGUUUGACUUCGCCAACUGCGAUGCAAGAAGCAGAACAAGCUUUUGCUAUGACCCCUGAGCAGUACAAUGCCUUGACCACAUACCAACACGUGGACACCACAGCCUCUGCACCUCCAUCCCUUAGCCUUCGUCCAAAUCUCGCCGAAACGCUAGAGAGAAUGCGAGAAGCCAGAGGACCGAGCGCGGCAGAAGUAUACACGAGGAGUUUGCUCUGGGAUACCAUACCAGAAGACGUCGUAAGAGCCUUCAAGCGCGCUGUGGCGCAGAGACAAGGAGACGAUGAGCAGAUGAACGACGAGACUGAUGUU